AAUAAUAAUAAACAAUAAUGCCUGUACCUAAUAGUUCAUAUCCAAUACCCUUAAGAACAGUACUCAAAAUAGCUCCAGUUUGUAUGGUACUUACAACACUAGGAACUUUGUUGCCAGUUUGUUUAUAUGACAUACUUUAUCACUCACAUGAAAGAAUAGACAAAUUCUUUUGGAGAUCAAGCAGAUUUGAGCGUUUUAUUAGAUGUAGAGACAUGAAAUUGCGUACAUUUUGGUAUGAAGCAAUGGAAUGGUAACCCAGUGGCAGAGAAAGCUUUAUUUCUACUAGACCAUAAGUAGCUGAUCCUUGAG